GUAAAAAGGGCGAUAAUGAAGGCCCUCAUAUGAAAUCCAUCAAUACCGCAAUUCAAGAGUCAAAAUCGUUUCUUUACUCUACAGCCGUCAUUUCUCCGAUGGAUUGGCAAGGACAGAAGCUAGCAGAGCACCUGAUGCAGCUGUUGUUGGUAUGUUUUGCAGUGGUGGCAUUUAUCACAGGCUAUGUGUUGCGGUCAUUUCAGAUGAUGAUGCUGAUCUAUGGAGCCGGUGUGGUGUUGACAUCUCUGCUUAUCGUUCCCAAUUGGCCGUUCUUCAAUCGUCACUCCCUCAAUUGGUUAGACCCAAGUGAGGCCGAGAAGCACCCGAAGCCACAUCCUGCUAUUUCUGGCCCAAAGAAGAAGACAUCAAAGAAGUAGGUUUCUCAAUUAGUACAUUCAGUUUGUUCCAUGGUGAAGGGUAUUACUCAUUUCCGCGCACUAUUGCUGCAAAAGAAUAUUUUUCGUUGUUAUAGAAUCAUACAAUUAUAAACCAUAUGUGCCAAGGACAUGUCAGUUAGAAUAUACUUAUUGAACAUAUGCUCUCAAUUGAACAUUUUGGUGGGGUGAGAGUGUUAAAAGGCUAGCAUAGUUAUGCUGGAUACAUACUUUGAAAUCUGUAGUAAUUCAUCUUGAUGCAGCAAAUCUCCCACGACACAAAAUCCAUGAAUGUGAUUUCUUGCAUUCAAUAUUGCUAUAUUGUUUUGUUGAGGCUGUCUCAAGGAAUACUUUGAUAACUUUUUUUUAUACAAAUCAUCAUCACAUUCA